UGGCUGCGCCCAUGAAAAGAAAUGCUGAAGAAAUUGUUGAAGGAAAUGUAUCCGUUAAGAAGAGAAAAGCAAAUGAAAAUUUUGAAAAACUAAAUGACUUUGCUCAGUGGAUUCAAAAGAACAACUUUAUGCUAAGUGACAAGGUAAAAGUUUCUCAAGAGGGAAGCUGUGCCCAGUAUGGCCUGGUGGCUGUUGAUGACAUAUCUGCAGAUGAAAUGCUUUUCCAGAUUCCGAGAUCUCUCCUCCUUAAUCCAGACACUUGUGGAAUUGCUAAGUGUCUGAAAGAAGACAGUAAGGAUAUUGCUGGUACGAGUGGGUGGGUACCAACACUGCUGGCCCUUAUGUAUGAGUAUACAAACCCAGAGUCUCCAUGGAGACCAUACCUAGACCUGGUCCCAGACUUCUCGCAGCUCGACCUUCCCAUGUUCUGGAGCAAAUCAGAGCGUGUUGACCUUCUGCAGGGGUCAGGGGUGGCGGAGGCUGUGAGAAGGGAUCUGGCAAACAUGGAAGAUGAGUUCAACAGUGUUGUCAGACCUUUCGUUAGAAAGCACAAGGACAAGUUCAGCCCAGAGUGUGAGAGCCUGGAGUUCUACAAGAGGAUGGUGGCAUUUGUGAUGGCCUACAGUUUCACAGAGCCCUUGGGCUUGGAGGAGGGCGAGGAGUCCGCCAAGACGAUGCCCAUGAUGGUUCCCCUUGCAGACAUUCUGAACCACGUUGCUAACAACAAUGCCCACCUUAAGUUUGAGAAAAAUGCAUUAAAGAUGGUGGCAACAUGCAAUAUUAAGAAGGAUGAGGAGGUGUUCAACACGUACGGGGAGCUUGCCAACUGGCACCUGCUACACAUGUACGGCUUUGCCCAGCCCCACCCACACAACCAUUGGGACACGGUUGAGAUACAGUCGGUCACGAUGUUGGAUGCAAUGACAGCACUUCCUGUCAACACAGGGACUCUCCUGAAGAAGAAGAGGCAGCUCUUGACCAACAUGAGCCUGUAUGGGGAGGAUGUGGGCUUCAUUGUGGGCGUGGAUGGGAUCCUGGAUGAGCUGGAGAUGACAGAAGUCCUUAAGGUUUCGUGUCUGGACGAGGAUGAAGUGGACAGGCGCCUGGCUGAUGAUGGCUGGGAAAGUGAUGAUGAGGAGGAUGGUGAUCCUGCUCUUACAUAUGAUUCAAUGGAUUCAUUGCAAGGGGAAUGGAAAAGUGUUCUAAAAAGGGGUGCAGAGCUGACUUUGGGUCGGUAUGGUAGCGCAAUGUCAGAGGACCAGACAAAGUUGGGGACAAUGGACCUCACCAGCCGGCAGCGGUAUGCCCUCUACACCGUGCAUGGGCAAAAACAGCUGCUCAACACACUUAUCAAUAAAUGUAGCUGACACCAGAA